AUGGGAUGGUGUAGUGUCACUCAGUCAGUCAUUUUCUUGUCUAACUGUACUCACGCUUUACUUCUAUUUUUACCCUUAGUUCUGAGCAUCAAAACGGUGUUCAAAGUGGCUGCAGGAGGUUUAGUACUAACAUCUGCCUAUCAGCUGCUGAGGCGUGGCUGUACGUAUGAUCAGCUCAUCACAGCUGUUAAUACCUGCGUCCUUCCUGCUGGCGCUAAAUUGCUACAAAUAAUUGAGGGCAGUGUGUACUUGAAAGUUCAAGCGGAAAGUCUCGCAGCUCUUGAACAUUUGUGGAGAUUGUACAAGAAUGGAACCCUGAAAAAGCGCCUGCAGGCCUUAUUUGUUACUGAUGAAAUGAGAGACCUUGCUGGUGGAGAGCAAGUGGAAGUGAUCGUGACCAUCGACGAAGAAGAAUACGACAAGACCCGGAACGAGUUAGCAACUGUCGAAACACAAGGUACAUUUAAAAAACUUAGCUGGUCAAUUCAAGUAACAAAUUAUCUGGAAUCUGGCCUUAACCAGCAGUUUGUGGGCUGCUGUCCAAGGCAGUUUUCACUUACUGUUGAGGUCAAAGGUGGUCAGGUGAUUCCCGUGUUACUGGUUGACAAUCCUAACUGUCGAGAUACGUCCCCAGCGUAGAUGGAAUUUUCGAACUUUCGUAGAACCGCCGGGUGGAUAGUGACUUAUUGCUAAACUGCUCCAAGAGAGCAGAAAAUCAAUUAACCUAAGUAAAUUUUUUAGUGCUCAUUUGGCCGAACGAUGUUUGUUGUCUAAAUGAAGAUAUGAUCGUCGCAGUGGUAACUGCCACUGCAAAUUAACCAGAAAAAAAAUUUCGGGACUUCAACGGGAUUUGAACCCAUCGCCCCCUGCGUUAUUGCUACCGUGCCCUACCUACUGAGUUAUGGACCCAUGCACUAGGACCAGGCCAAUUAAUGAAAAUGAUGUAAACUGCGGAAAUUUUUAUACUGCGGCGGCUAAUUUCCUGAGCUUAUUGGAGUCAUUUGAUUUACAACAACAUGUUCGUAGUUGCACCCACAGAGCUGGACAUACUUUGGAUCUGGUCAUCACUCGUGAUGCUGAAUAUAUUUUAAAUGCCAUUUCAGUUGAUGAUUCCUCAGAGAUAUCGGAUCAUUACACUGUUUGUGCUGAUCUUCGUUUUGUUAAGCCUAAUUGGGAAAGGAAGCGUAUUUGUGGUCGGAAAUUAAAAGCCAUCAACUUGGAGCAUUUUCAACAAGAUGUUGCAAUGUCUCCUCUUUUGUCUGAAUCAUCCAAUGAUUUACUUACGCUGCUUCACUUGUAUAAUUCGGAGUUAUCUAGUUGUUUUGGAUAAGCAUGCGCCAUUAAAAUCGCGCAUGGUUACCAUACGUCCCGCUGCUCCAUGGUUUAGUGAGGAGAUUAAACUGGAGAGAAGAGUUCGUCGCCAACUGGAAAGGAGAUGGCAUAGGACUAGAUUGCCCGAAGAUCGUCUGCGUUUUAUUGAACAAAAUCGUAUUAUCUAUGAACUAUUACUCUCUGUCCGCUCACAAUAUUACAAUGACAUUGCUAUGUCCAUUGACAAUCAAAAAUCUGUUGUUUUGGUUCUACUGGACCUGUCUGCUGCUUUUGAUACAGUUGAUCAUUCUCUUCUCCUUGCUAGACUAUCUACCCGUUUUGGCAUUUGUGACCAGGCACUGGACUGGAUUCGUUCAUAUGUAUCUGAUCGCACUCAGUAUGUUAGAAUCCAAGAUGUCUCUUCUGAAGUGCAUGCCAUACCUUAUGGAGUACCUCAGGGUUCCGUGUUGGGCCCCUUGCUGUAUUCUUUGUACACUUCCCCCUUAGGUGAUAUUGCAAGAUCUCAUGGUCUAUCUUAUCACUUUUAUGCUGAUGAUACACAGCUAUAUUUAUCUUUUGAAACGUCAUCGCCUGAGGAUUUAUCAACAUGUAAAUCUGCUCUUGAAGAUUGUGUUAAAGAUAUUGACCUUUGGAUGUUAAAUAACAAGCUGAAGCUGAACAGUGGGAAGACUGAAAUUAUAGUUUUUUCAUCCUCCUAUCGCCCACGUCCUGCGUUAAAAAACCUGGUGAUUGCCUCUGGCACUGUUAACUGUUCAACUACUGCUAAAAAUAUUGGGGUUAUUUUUAACAACUCUCUAUCGAUGUUGCCGCACGUUACUGCUAUUUGCAAGUCCUCGUUUUUUCAUUUACGCAAUAUUUUUAAGAUUCGCAAGUUUCUUUCUUAUGAUACAUGUAAAACUCUAAUUCAUGCCUUUGUUACUGCAAGGAUCGACUAUUGUAACUCAUUGCUCUACGGUCAGCCUAAAUGUAUCUUGAAACGUUUACAGAGUGUCCUAAAUAGUGCUGCUAGGCUUAUUCACCUUACUAGUAGAUAUGAACAUGUUACGCCGUAGCUUAUUCAACUUCAUUGGCUACCAAUUGAACAAAAAAUUGCAGUAAUUACAUUUAAGGCACUUCAUGGUGCUGCACCUAGCUAUAUCACUGAUCUCAUCAAGCCUUAUACACCUGGUAGACUUCUUAGAUCCUCUAAUCAAUUUUUACCUUCUACAUCUAAAUUUAAUCUUAAAACUUAUGGUGGCCGGUCUUUUACUAUUGCUGCACCUUCUGUUUGGAAUGCACUUCCAUUCGAACUUAGAUCUUGUAAUUCCCUUUCUUCUUUUAAAUCUAAGCUUAAGACUUGGCUUUUUAAAAUUUGUUACGAUGUUGUCGUAUAGAAUGAUGAUGUUUUCAUAGGAUGACAAUGCAGUUUUGUAGUUUUGUAGGUUUAGGAUUUUGUUGUUAUUUUUAUUAUGUAAAGCGCUUUUAGAUCAUUGGGAAUUUUUUUAUAGGAUGACAAUGUAGUUUUGUAGGUUUAGGAUUUUGUUGUUAUUUUUAUUAUGUUAAGCGCUUUUGGACCAUUGGGAAUUAGCGCUCUGUAAAUAUUGUAUAUUAUUAUUAUUAAAUACUUCUGUAGCUCACAUCAUUUUCAUCAGAUUCAAUGUUUGUUUGUUGUUCGUUACCAAAACAUUCUGGCCUCUGCCGUUAAUCGUCUUAACCCAAAGCCUGAACAUGUUUCAUUUACAUACAUUCUUACUCUAAUGUUAAAUAGUAGAGACUGGUGAAAUGAAUUUUACGAUCAGUGUCACUGACAUCUGUAUUUUUACGUGCCAUUUUGAUUUCAGAUGAACCUGAUGGUCAGGAAGGGAGGCGACUUCCAUACCUCGCUCAGGAAAAACUGUCCUACAUUACGAAUUACUUAGAGCAAACCAGGGCCACAGAUGUACAAAGUGUAUCUACAGACGAUGACAGUGGAAAGCCGGGAUCGGGCAGUGCACCAUCAGAAUUUGGAUUUGAAGAAACCAGCGGUAUGACUUUGCCUUAGCGCCCACUUGGACAUUUGCGAUCUAGGGUUAGCCCAGGGAAGUUUCAUCGGGAUCAAUAGGCCAUUUUCGAAUUUUUAAAAUAAACACUUGGCUAAGACUGUACGAAGCAAAGGGAUAUAAAGAAAACGAAGUGAAAUUCACUAACAAAUAAUCGAUUCCUUUGCUUUCUUCCGUUAGCAUUUGCCGGGGACAAGUGGGAAUUUGGAUAACAAAGUCAAUGAAAUAUUAACACUUUAUCCUUCUCCCCAUUAUUUUCUCACAGCCUUAUGAAUUCACACUUCUGAAAUCAAUUCAAAUUUUAUUUACCGUUCCGUUCAAACCGAUAUCCAUUUAUUUUAAGACACUGGAGUGAAGAGUUCUUAAUUAUAUUUCUUUGUUUUUGUCGUGUAUUUGUAGAUUCCACCUCCAAACUGUGCCUGAAAGAUCUAAGUAAAGAAGUGACUGAGGAACUAACGUCCAGGCUUAAUAGGAACCAAGAUGUUCUAAACCAAUUUUACCGUUCAUUUGGGCUUGAUCCUGAUUUACUGUACGACGUUCGCGACCGGCGGAGGAACAUUGGAAAAUUUUUUCCUGAUACCCCAAUCAAGCUGCUAAAGGAAGUUUUUGAGGCCCUAAAACUGUAUGACUUUGCAGAAUUCUUAGAAAAAGCAACUAAACGACGGACACUUCGUCCUGCUCUUCCGCUAAAAGAAAUAGAAAAGUUAUCGAACGUCAGCAACCGCCCAACAAAGGUUUACAGCAAAGCAAAGGUUUUAAUAGUCGGUUUCGUUGAAACCUCUCCUACGUUCGAAAACUAUGAUGUAGAAACAGCUGGAUCAUUUUUUAGAUCUCAGAAUUCACGGAACGAAGUAACUACAUUUUUUCCGACUGCUUCUUAUAAAGAAUUGGCAGCAGAUCUCGAUAAACUUUCGAGAAGCAAGAGUAAAGACGAAAUUAAUGACAGAAAAGCAAGGGGAAGGGAACAGGACUUAAAGAUGCUUUUGGAAAACAAGAUCUCAGAUAGUUACAACAAAUGGAAAAGAAGAAGAGAGGAAUUGGAAUUAUUCGGUCCAGAUGACUUUGAUGAUGAGUAUGACUGGGGACAAGAAGAUAUAAUAGCCAGGCAGCAUGAAGCAACGUUCUCAACCAAGACGGAUGAGCAGCUAUUGAGUGUUUUCUACAAAGAGGAGCCUGAAAUGAAAAAUGAACUAAAAGAGCUGACAGAAAAAAUAGAAAAGUGGAAAAACGAAAGGAAGCCAUUGAUCGAGAAGCAGAUAAAGCAGAAGGAGGAAGAACUGAAAAAAGAGAUUGAAAAAUUCGAAAUAACUGUUUUAAGCGUCAUCGACGAAUGGAUAGAAGUAUUGCCAUAUGAUAAAGGUAAACGUUGUAACACAACAAGAAAAUAUUUUGGGGCGCUGCGACAACAUCCGUUCAGCAUUUUUUAAAUAACAUAAGUCCCGUUUAAGUAUCCAUCCACAUACUGUAAAAAAUUGUGGUCGAACAGUCAAGUUGUAUCAUUUAUAAGCCAACCUAGUCAUUAGAUAGAGAAUACUUCAUGGAAAGUGCUGGCGUACGGUUUUACGCACGAGUUGUUGACGUAUCAGAAAGCGAACGAGCAAGAUUUCUGAUACAAAAAUAACGAGUGCGUAAAUACCGUACAAAGUGCUUUCCAUGUGGUAUUGUGUUUAUUAUAUACAUACUGAGACAUUCAUCAUUUUGGCGGCCUUUUUAUUUUAAAUCUUUCAAAAUGCUAAAAUUUGCCGCUACACACUUACCGCAAAAUGACAACGAAAACGAAGUAUCAGCUUUUUAGUAAAAACGUUUGUUUAACAACAUAAAUGACGGUAAGGAUAUGAGGUAAUCCAAUAACUAUAAGUAAUCUUAACUGUUUGUUCUCAAUGCACAAUUGAAAAUGAGUGAAUUUAAGUAAAUCGGCCGGUUUCAAUAUAAGCUUAAGCUUAAAUGAAAGGCAAAGUAGCUCCGAGAAAAAGCACAACAAAAGCUUACGUCUCGUUCUCGUUGUCUCGCCGGCUCUCUACCGUUUUCUUUAUCGACAGUGAAACAAACGAAACUAUUCCACUUCAACGUUUUUCACUUUUUUAGCGAGAAAAACUCUUUGAGUAAAACUUUCCUCGUUGAGUGUGUGCGAAGCGGUGCUGCAAGCCGCAAUGAAAAGCGGGAAUUUUGGCGCGAAACUCACACACCUCUGUGGCUUCUGAUUGGACGUAUCAUUUUUCUCACACGUGAAAAAACAUCGUUCGCCAUUCUGAUUGGACGUAUCAUUUUUUUCACGUGUGAAAACCAUCGUUCGCUCCUCUGAUUGGCUAGAACUAAUUUGCGUACGAAAAUUUACGACAUAGCUUUUUGGUGAGUAUUUCUCAGUAUGUAUAGUAGAUAUAAAUAAGGAAACUAAGUCAAUCUAGCAUUUAUUUAGUAUUGGCAGGGUAAGUAAUGACUGAAGAGGGAAUUCUUGAAUAGCUGUUAUAAGCCAACAUGACGAAGAACCUCGCAAUCUCACUGCUACAUCCCGGAACACUCUUAUGCACGCUGUAAAACUGUGUCUCAAUUUAUAGCUCCUCUUCCUCCCGAUAUUCUUCUUUCGAAAAGUCUAAAACUUGGCAAUAAAUAAUGUCCAAAACUGAUUAGAAUUCUCAGUAGGCAAACUUAAGUUAUGGCUGUUAUAAAAUAUGAAUGAUGAUAGACGGUUUUAGAAAAAAAAAAUUCUUUUAUCUUUUUUCUAGAAAAGGAAUCGACCCUUUUCGUCGUCCUUAUUCAGCACAGCCAGAGUUUGAGGCGAAUGAGCGAUGCAAUACACCAGAAGACCAUCACCAUAGAAAGAUGUCUGCGUGAAAAGUUGGCACUAAUUCCAGACACGAAGCUUCUGAUCACCAAUAAUUUUUCAAGAUUUGCGAGAAAAGAAAACAUUUUAAGUGAAACACUUGAAGUGCAUUUGUCAAAUAAAGACCAGUUAACCAUAUUGCUGGAGCUUCUGACCAAGCGUUUAGAAACACUGGACCUCAUUUCAGUGAUGCAGGAAUUACAAAGGACUUUCCCUCCAGAUGAUAAUCAUUUCCGCAGGUUUGGGGUUCAAAUACGUGAAAAUUUGUCGUGCGUUCCGAGACUUCAGAAGACGGAACAAUUCUUGUAG